AUUUAUUUAGUGAAAUUAUUCAAAUAAUUCAAUCAGUGAUGUUAUACAGUAUAUAAGAGAUGGCAACCGAUAGAGAAUCCUGUGAUAAUAAUACAUUGCCUUAUUGGUCAUUUCUUUUUUCUAAACUUGUUCAAUUCUGGGAUGUUUAUAUAGGGGCACCAUUCUAUCACAUACUAUUUGAGGUGAUUUUGGUUCUACUUGUGUUCCGUCUUUUCCGUGCCAAACAGUACAAACUACGGGAAAGUGAAAUACAUUUAACUGAAAAGGAGGAAGAAGAGUUAAUAAAAGAUUGGAAACCUGAACCAUUGGUUCCUGCAAAAGCUGACCACCCUUCCUAUGUUCUUAAUCCAAAUAUCAUCAAAGGCAAACCAGGACAUAGAAUUACAGUAAAUGGAAAAUCGUGCCUAAAUCUGGCAACAUUUAACUUCCUUGGUUUUGUGGGAGAUAAAGAUAUUGAGGAAGCAAGUAUAAAGUCAUUGCGAAAAUAUGGAGUAGGUUCUUGUGGCCCAAGGGGAUUCUAUGGUACAAUAGAUGUUCAUCUUGAGUUUGAAAAGAAAGUGACCGAAUUCAUGAACACAGAGGAUGCCAUUAUGUAUGCAUAUGGUUUUUCAACAAUUGCAAGUGCAAUACCAGCUUACUCAAAAAGAGGAGAUGUUAUCUUCUGUGACGAUGGUGUAUGCUUUGCCAUCCAGAAAGGUGUGACAGCUUCUCGUAGUAAGGUAUACUGGUUCAAACAUAACAACAUGGAAGAUCUUGAACGUUGUUUGAAAGAACAAGAACAAAGGGAUAAGAAGAAUGCAAAAAAAGCCAGUGUAACAAGAAGGUUCUUAGUUGUGGAAGGAUUGUAUACAAACUAUGGAGAUCUUGCUCCUUUGCCAAAACUGAUUGAGCUGAAAUACAAAUACAAAGUUCGUAUUUUGAUGGAUGAAAGUCAGUCAUUUGGUGUUCUCGGUGCGACAGGUCGCGGUAUUACAGAACAUUUUGAUGUUAAUAGAAACGAUGUUGAUCUCAUCAGUGCGUCCAUGGAAAGUUCUCUUGCAACAAUUGGUGGUUUUUGUUGUGGUUCAUCCUUCGUUGUUGACCACCAGCGUCUUUCUGGUGCAGGAUACUGUUUCUCUGCCUCUCUGCCACCUCUCCUUGCAUCAGCUGGUACCGAAGCUUUGAAUGUCAUGGAUCAACAUCCAGAGAUGUUCGAGAAGCUACGUGACAAUGCCCUGCUUUUCCACAAGGAGUUGAAAGGAAUUCGAGGAUUGAAAUUAAAUGGCAAUGAAAUAUCCCCGAUCAUUCAUUUACGUCUUGAAACAUCUCGAGGAUCUAUUGACGAAGACGAGGAAAUACUCGAGCGUAUAGUUGCUGCAGUUUUAGACAAAGAUAUCGCUAUUUCUGUUGCGAGAUACUUGAAAGAAGACGAGGCUUUUCUACCACCACCAAGCAUCCGCGUUACUGUAAAUAGCAAAUUAACCAAAGGGGAGAUUUUGGAAUCAGCUAGAACAAUACGUGAUGUUGCGGAGAAGUUCUUGGAUUAAAAACAUUGAAUCUAACUGAACAAUAUAUGUGAUAAAAUAAUGAUGUAAUUAUCCCAACAGUGCUUGCAUGAAUGUAGCUAAUGAAUUAUUUCUUUUUACUUUUAUCAUACAAGCUACGUUCCUGUUGGAAAUACAAAACUGAUCUGAAAAUGUUAUUAAAUGUGUGAUGCAUGCAUCAA